UCAGUUAACUAUUAGCAGCUCUUACCGCGCGUGGUUCGUUUGCCGGCACGAUGGAAUCUAUUCUUUGCAUGAUUUUGCUGAUUUUGGCAAGAAAUCACGCUUCUGAGGCAGCUAGGUUGAACCACCCGCGUGUGUUACUACCCAUAUUUGAAGACAAGGCUAUUAACUUUACCCUGGAAGUCGACGAGCCGAACUGCUACAAAUGGUCGUCCUCACGCCAGGACUUGAUAUCUGUCAUGCCCAUUUACAAGGGCUUCAGCGAAUGUGCAUACCAGGCGGUGGUGACAGUCCGCACUCACGAUCGUCGGAGGAACACUGCAAUCGUCUUUGCCGAGGAAGUGCAAACGGGCGAGACGCUGCGUUCCGACGUGAUUGUGGAUGCCAUUGCCAGUCUAAAUGUGCGCACCGCCACUCGACAACUUUACUUGGAGGAGGCGCCCGCCAUGUUCGAGCUGCAUGCCUUUGAUGAGCAAGGUAACGAGUUUUUUACCCUGGAGGGAAUUGAGUUUGACUGGGAGAUUUUGGAACCCGGUAGCAAAAGGCCCACCGCAAUGCGAUACCUCACGUUCACGGACAGUCCCUACCACACUGUGCCGCCCACCAUUGAAAAGUUUGAAGCCGACGGCAAGAAGGGGCACAUGAUCCUUCUUGAGGGCAUUAACACUGGCACCGCCAAGGUGACCAUCUCCAUGCCCCAGGCCGAGUACAAGCAUGUGCGGCCAGUCGAGGUGUACAUCAGCGUUCUUGCAAACAUUAUAAUUGAGCCUUCCGAGGUCACCAUAAUGGCUGGGGACUCUGUCUCAUUUCGCAUUCUGCAGCUGAAGAUGGACCGACUGCACGUAAUAGACAACAAUCAGUAUUAUUUGGAGGUGGAGGACUCCAGCAUUGCAUACCUUCGCGGCAACAGUGCCACCGGAGCGACUCUGGGUCGCACCCAGGUCUUUCUGCGAGAUCGCAACAUGGCGGACUCUGAUGAGGUUCAAAAGGGACCCAGCGCUUUAUUGACUGUUGCAUAUCCGAAUAGGUUGUCCAUCAGUCUGUUGCCCCAUCUCAAUUGGGUGACAGUACAAGGGGAGCAUCACGCUAUCGCUUUGGAUCUUUUUGCUGCCGACGGUCAGAAGAUUACAAUGGGCACAAAAUAUUCAAUUAACUCAGAGGUGGAUGAGUCCUUUUUUGCCAUUGUUGACCGUACUCGCAACGGAAGCCGCCUUUUCGGUCAAGCAAAAAAAGAGGGAAUCACUCAGGUGUAUGGCUCAUAUAAAGACCUGUCGGUACAAGCUGAACUUCAGAUCUAUGAGGAGCUUCAGUUAGCGCCAACCAAGGUGGUGUUGCCGUACGAUCCUAACAGCUUAAAACCAUUAAAGCUGCAGUUUCAUGCAUCUGGCGGAGAUAACAACUACGCUUGGUUCUCCGGAAAUCCACAGGUGAUCCAGAUUGACACCCAGGGCCAAGCCACAACUGAAAUCCGCGACGUGAAAUCCGCUUACGUCAACCAGGAGGUACUGAAAGAUGGUAGUAAACUGACCGCCCACACCACCGUCAAGGUGGCUCUAUCCAAGAACCAGAAAAUUUCCCGUGUGGCACAUAUCUACUUUCUCCCUCCUGAGCGCCUUCAGAUCACGCGGAGCAACUUUGAGACCGCCCUGAAGGACUUCGUAGACGUGCAUGUGGGCGUAUACGCUCGAAUAAAUAAUUCAGAGGUUCCCUACACAAGUUGCGACAAUCUUCACUUCCAACUAGACUUCAGCCAGCCCAUUCUGCAGUUAGAGAGUAACGAAGGGGUGGAGGCUGUUCACGAGGCGUGUCAUGUGCUUCGGUUGCGGGCCACCGCUGUGGGCACCACGUCGCUACGCGUUUCCUAUAUGUAUAUGGACAAAGUGCUUUACGACAUUAUUGAUCUGUACGUCUUUGAGCCACUAGUCGUGCUAAAUCCCAUAGAAAACGAGGUUGUUCUUCCCGUUGGGUCAUCCCGUAAUAUAAUUUAUAAUAAUGGCCCGCAGCGCAGUUUUACGGUGGCAGCAGAAAUCAUAAAAUCUACCGCUUUUGACGAAAAAAUAUUAAAAGUGUCUAAACUAGAGUUCGACACGCAAAAUUUGAUAACCGCGUUCACCGUGUUGUGUCGUGAGCUGGGCGAGACGCAGUUCACUUACCGAGUGCAUAAUAGCCUUCCCACCCCAAGCUUUGCCUUAUAUCAAUCGGAGAUCACCACAAAGGUGCAUUGCGUCCGUCCUCGCUUCCUAAAGCUCUACGCUCGCCAUAACCUGCGUGACUCCUGCCCCCUGGAGAAGCGCACCUCGUUAUUAUUCUUGAAAGAUCCAGAGAAUAAGAUUGAAAUUGAAAUCGAGGUACACGAUUCAAAUAAUCGUAGGCUCAUGAAUAUCAGCUCACUGGGGCUUGACUGGGAGUUUGCCGCUGGUGAAGAGCGAUACCAGAAGAACAUCAUCCCGCACCGUCAGAUUUCUGAAUUGGAAUUCAAUCAUGGAGUUACCUUGCCGAGUCGCGACCUUCUUGUCUUGACAUUGAGUGAAGUGGCGACCAACUUCCGCAUUAAGGGAACGGUGUCCCAGUACAACGACAAGCUAUUUGCCCAACACGGUAUUCACGCGGAGCGUCCUCCCUUUGGAAUCAAAAAUCCUCAGACGGGGUUAGUAUAUACUCCCCUGAUUGAAAAUGAAAUUAGGUUACACGCGGUUAACAGUACGUUGUUGCCAAAAGAUUACGUGAGCAUUUUUCUGGCGUCGGGCUAUAGCGAGCGAAUACCAAUCGCGCAGGGCAGCGGCUUCUUGCAGCUAGAGCUCUCCGAGGCAGGUAUUGUUCAAGUUGAAUACAAUGAAGAUACCCGAAUCCUAGUGCUGACGCCACUACGCCUUGGCCAUGUGCGUCUUGAGUUGACCGACCGUUGUUUAAUGAACGAACCCAGCCAUUUAUCCAUCUCUGUGGUUGGAAUCGGGGCUAUUGAAGUAGCUAGCAUGGACCGGCUCGAACGCACUACUAGAAUCGAAGCUAUCGUCAAACUUUUUGAUACCAAUGAUAAUCUCCUGCUCGUGGACCGGAGCAAACUUAGUGCGUACGAUUUAUCCGAGGUUGUCGCAGACCAAAGUAUAGUGAGCGUGCGCCUAGGCGACCAGGAAAAUGUAGGACCCGGGGAGAUCCGCUACACAAUUACGGGCAACCAAGUCGGCGAAACCAAAAUAUUAUUUCAGUCUGGCAAGGGCAUUCAUAAGGUGGAAAGCGACCCUGUAAAUAUUCAAGUUUUCGCUCCAAUUCGCCUCCUUCCGCGCGAUUCAACUCUAAUCGUGGGCAGCAGCAUACAGCUAUACUUCCAUGGAGGACCGCACCCAAAUACCAACAUGAUUAUCUCAGUGGAGAAGGAGCAAGUAGCAACUAUAAGCUCUACUGUUGUUACGGCAAAUAAGCUGGGGACCACCAAAAUCGUAGGCAAGUGUCUUUUAAAAAACCCUGUCACUGGAAAGGACGAGGUGGUCUCCCAGGACUCGGUGGAGGUACACGUAGUGGCUCUGAAAGGAGUACAGAUUCGAACGCCUUUGGUCCGCAUUCAUAGUGGGGCCGUAAUGCCCGCCACCUUGUGGGGACUUUCAGAUUUGUCGCCCAUGGUCUUGGGUACCUUGCAAAACACUAAAAUCUCCUGGAAAGUAAGCCAACCACAGGUGGUUGAGAUAUUUAAUGUAUUUACGGCUGCAGGAAUAGAGUAUCAGAGUGGGGAUUUAAUAUCAGUUAGAGUAAGAGCCCUCAAUCCCGGAAAGGCAACAAUCACGGCAUCGGUUACUUUGGCAGACGGCACAAUACUGCCACCAGCUACAGUGGACUUACAAGUUUUUAAAACAUUGGAGCUGGUAACACCAAAUGCCAUUAAAAUGGAUUCCAUCUUGGCUGCGCCGCGAAGCACUCUUCAGCUUAAAUCUAAUAUGGAUGAUGUGGUCUAUAAACUGGACGAUCGAAGUAAUGGCAUUGUCAGUGUAACACCAGAUGGCCUUGUACACACAAAGGACUCUCUUGGCCGUGAUCUGAUAAUUGCGACGACCGCGGACCAAUCCCUACCCAUAGGAAUUGAAGUAAAAAAUGUGCAAUACAUUUUAGUAACGCUGAUGCCAAUCCUCAAAUUAAGAGAGCUUGAACACAAGAUCCCGCGUGGAAUGAACUUUGUGUUUAAAGUGUCGCUUCACGACAAUUUAGGCAACGAGCUUUCACACAACGUCGAGGAUUUCAACGGACUACGAUACGAACUCGGCAACAAAGAUGAUGUUGAUGUCCAGAUAGAUAAUAAUCUAACGUUUGCAUUGAACUUGAUGCGAGAGACCAACAAUGUCAUUGCCAUUAGUCUAAAGGACUCAACGGGUGUCAAGCACUCGAUGGACUUUAUAAAGCUAUCUGUUGUGGAGUCGGACAAUUUAUUUCCCACCAAGACAAUUUUCUCUGUUGGCGACAUCAUUUGUUUCGAUUCACCUUUAACGUUGUCAGCGACUUGGAGAAGCUCGAAUGAGCAGAUGGUUUACAUUAAUAAGCUUACAGGCAUUGCCCAGGUGUUAAGUCAUCGACUAAAGCCGGGAGAAAAGAUUGAGAUCACUAAUGGCGACGAGACAAAGCGCGGCGGAUUUUUAAAGUAUGACCUGGAAGUUCGCGAAUCGGAUACGAUUUUGUUUGUCAAAUCAUUGGACACAUUUAGCGGACCAGAAUAUCGGGGACAACUAGUCAUUCGCAACCAUUUGCAGUCCGAAAAGUAUAGCAACUUUAUUGCACAAAAUGUUUCAAAAUGUGCCAGGGAAUUGGGAACCUUACCGGUGAAUGUCUUUACAUGCCGCCUGGCGGCCAAGGAUGCACUGGGACGCAAUUUACUAAAAAUGUAUAAAGUUGAUGCCUUGUUUGAUGCUAGCGUCGGCCAGUACUCUUGUCGACUACAGUUGCUCACCAGUUUUAUUGAGUUGUUAAGUGUUGUCAAGACAAACGACGUCUACUUGGAGCUGGAGGCAGUGGUGGCCAAAGGAGUUUCCGAUAAAAUGUCAUUGAAAUUAGUACCCGGUAUCAAAGUUUACCCCGAAUCAGUGCGUGUCACCGACCUAAAGCCCCAUGAAAUUCAUAUAAGCGGACUAGACAAGGCGUUGCUCAAGGUUCAGGUUAAACCAUCGGAUUCAAAAUACUUUGCUGUGGACUUUAUCGAGCAUGUACAUGGUCUAAGCAAAUAUCGUUUGGAACUGUUUGAGGACCUUCCGCUGGAUGAACACUUUUACAUUUUAGUAGUUUCACCGGACACGAAACAAAGCAUCGAGGUGCCCAUUAUCGGCAAUACAAUGCUGUCCCAAAAGUGCACUGACAACCGAUAUGGCGGUCCUUUUGUGUAUCGGGUGCUGGAGAAUUUGGGCUUCGUGCUGACUACGACUGUUAUUGUAAUCAUUUCCAUAUGGGUAUACAUGUCUUGCUUUCAAACUCAGGGCGUCACGCAAGUUAAUUUUGAAGCAUUCAAAAAACAACAGUCGAUGACGGAGUUGAUGCAACAAUCUGGAAGAAGCCGUCAAGACGAUACAUUUGGUGACUCCUUCAACGUACGAAACUUUUCUCCGGGUCAGCGAAGUCACCGAUCGAAUGCUUUGUCGGAGGCGUAUAUUUAUGGACACCCUCAAUUGAACUCUUCAAACAGAUCAGAAACCUCGACUAGCUUUAGUUAGUUGGAUACGUAAAUUAAAGACUGUCAGCAAUCUGACUCGGGUUUUUGUAAAAUAUUAUAAGAUAAACUCAGGCAUUUGUAAUACUUGUAUGUGGAUUAUGUCCUUUAAAGUAAGAUCUUUUCGCCCAGACGCCAGAAAAAUAGUUUGUAGGAUAAGUCAAUAUUUGUUAUGGAAUAGAAAAGUAAAAAAAAGAGAGAUUGCAACGUCACGAGUUUGCCAAAUAUUUUCAUACAGAUAAGCUUACGUUCUACGUUGCCGCAAAAACUAGUUUUUAAAUAAACAUCAAUUAAAAUGAA